AUGGAUGGGGAGAAAGUGUGGACAGUGGACGUAUUUGCAUUAGCCGGAGACGGAGUCACCCUUGGGUGCCGGGUUUCCAGCGGCAAAUGUGGAGCCGUCCAUAACAUCAAAUGGUAUAAAAAUGGAGAACGGGUUUUCGUCUAUUCCGAGUUGGCUGAUAUCCAGAUUCAGAGGGCAGAAGGUGAUCUCGUCGGCCGGUCUCAGCUAUUUCCGUCUCCGGAUGGGGGAGUGUUCGAAUUGGUCAUCAGCCCCGUUCGGCCUGAGGACCAGGGUCUUUAUAAAUGUGAUAUCACAUAUUUGGAGGUGGAUGACCAAUGUGCCGUUGUCCAGUUUGUCAACCUUACCACACUCGCCAAGCCAGACUACGUGAAAAUCACGAUGGAAAAUGGAACGGAAGUGGAGAACUCUUCCAUGAUCGGACCUUACAACGAAGGCUCAGAAUUGACGCUUCUUUGCGAAUCGGGAGGAGGGAAGCCCAUCCCGAGAAUCACCUGGUGGAAUGGCACUCAGUCUGUCCCCGGAACGAAGACUGUGCAAUUUCUAAAUGCUGUGGCGAUGGUCAUACCUCAAAAGGAACGUGGAAAGGGGGCCGAGAAGUGA